CGGUCGGAGACAGUAGAUGCUUCUUUCACCAUUACCUUUAUGCUGAUUCGUGCUCUGAUUUGUUGAAUCCAAUUGCCAGAAGUAAAGAGUGACAUCAUGUGCAACAUCAUUCUGACAGCAGGUCUCUGCCUGGUCAUCGCCAGCUUGGGCUCUUCCGAAAGGCUGGUGUGUUACUUUAACAGCUUGGCCGAAGACAGAGCAGACGCGGGGAAGUUCACGAUUGAGGAUAUCGAUCCGAACAAAUGUACCCAUCUGAUUUACGCCUUCUCUGACAUCAAUGAUUUCAAUGAGCUGGUCCCCACUGAAAUAGCAGACAUAUUUCGCUACCAGGUGUUUAAUGAGCUCAAAACCAGAAAUCCUUCACUGAAAACCCUGUUGGCUGUUGGUGGUCCAACCUUUAACAAAGAAAAAUUCACUACGAUGGUGUCAACCACACAAAAGAGAACAAAGUUCAUCCAGUCUGCUGUUUUACUACUGAGAUUAUUUCAGUUUGAUGGGUUAAACCUGGACUGGAUGUACCCUGUGGGAGCAGGAGGCGACCCAGACAACAAGCAGAAAUUUACACUGUUGUGCAAGGACCUCAAUGCUGCCUUUGAGACUGAAGGGAACACAAACAACCGUGACCGAUUAAUCCUCACAGCAAGUGUCUCUGCUGAGAGAGAGGUUAUUGAUGCCAGUUAUGAAGUCAAAAACAUUACCAAGGACCUGGACUUCCUCAAUGUGCUGACGUAUGACUUUCACGGCCCCUGGGAAAAUGUCACAGGACAUCACAGUCCCUUAUACAUGGGAUCCCAUGAUACUGGAGACCAAAUCUACUAUAAUACUGACUCUGCCAUGCAGUAUUGGGUGGACAAGGGAGCACCUGCACAAUUGCUAAAUUUGGGACUAGCUGCAUAUGGGCGAGCUUUUUCCCUCUCCUCUGCAUCCAGUGAUGUUGGAGCUCCAGCCAAUGGCACUGGUGAAGAAGGCUGUUACACUGGUGAAGAAGGAUUCUGGGCCUAUUAUGAGACUUGCCUUUAUACUGAAGGGGCUACAGUCCAACGGAUUGCUGAUCAGAAAGUUCCAUAUGCCAUCACAGAAAACCAGUGGGUUGGAUUUGAUGACACACUCAGCAUUAGUACAAAGAUCAGUUACCUAAAAUCAAAAAACUUUGGAGGAGCCUUUGUUUGGUCUCUGGACCUGGAUGACUUCAGCGGAAAUUUCUGUAACCAGAGCAAAAGUCCCUUCAUCAGCCACCUGAAUUCUCUCCUGGUUCAAAGUUCCUCAACCUCCAUUACCACAGCCUCAAUGGCAAUUACAACUGCUGCUACAACAGCUCCAACUACAAUUACAACUGCUGCUACCACAACCUCAACUACGUUGACAACAACUCAAGCUACCAUAGCUCCAUCAACAAUGACAACAACUGCUGUUACCACAGCUCCACCUACAAUGACAACAACUCCUGCUACCAUAGCUCCAUCUACAAUGACAACAACUCCUGUCACCACAGCUCCACCUACAAUGACAACAACUCCUGCUACCUCAACCUCAACUACAAUGACAACAACUCCUGCUACCACAGCCUCAACUACAAUGACAACAACUCCUGCUAUCACAACCUCAACUACAAUGACAACAACUCCUGCUACCACCGCCUCAACUACAAUGACAACUACUUCCACUACCACCACAACGACUCCAUCUACCUCGAACACAAUUUCAAAAACUACUCCAGCUACGAAAACAACUUCAACUACCACAAUUCCAACUACUUCAACCACAGCUCCUGCCACCACAACUCCCACAACCACUACCACCACAACUACUCCAACUACCACAACCCCAACUACUACAACCACAACUCCCACUACCACAACAACAACUCCUGCUACCACAACUUCACCUACAGUGACAACUCCUGCUACUACAGCUCUACCUACAAUAACAACUUCUCCGACUACCAUGACCGCAACUCCCACUACCACCACAACUGCUCCAUCUACCACGACCACAACUCCAACAACUACUGCUGCGACGACAACAACAACUCCAACUACCACAACCACAACUUCCACAACCACCACAACUACUCCAACUACAACUACCACAACUCCAACUAGUACAACCACAACUCCCACUACCACAACAACAACUCCUACUACCUCAACUCCCACAACAACUACUCCAACUACCACUACCACAACAACUCCUACUACCACUUUUCACACAACCACUACCACCACAAAUACUCCAAUAACAACUACCACAACUCCAACUACUACAACCCCAACUCCCACUACCACAACAACUCCUACUACCCCAACCCCUACAACCACUACCACCACAACUACUCCAACUACAACUACCACAACUCCAACUAGUACAACCACAACUCCCACUACCACAACAUCAACUCCAACUACCACUAUUCACACAACCACCACAAAUACUCCAAUGACAACUUCCACAACUCCAACUACUACAACCCCAACUCCCACUACCACAACAACUCCUACUACCACAACCCCUACAACCACUACCACCACAUCUUCUCCAACUACUAUAACCACAACUCCCACAACCACUACCUCCACAACUACUCCAACUACCACAACUCAAACUAGUACAACCACAACUCCCAUUACCACAACAACUCCUACUACCACAACUCCCACAACAUCUACUCCAACUACCACUACCACAACAACUCAUACUACCACAACUCCCACAACCACUACCACAACUACUCCAACGACAACUACCACAACUACCACAACUCCAACUACUUCAACCACAGCUCCUGCCACCACAACUCCCACAACCGCUACCACUGCACCUACUCCAACUACCACAACCCCAACUACUACAACCACAACUCCCACUACCACAACAACAACUCCUGCUACAACAACUUCACCUACAGUGACAACAACUCCUGCUACUAAAGCUCUACCUACAAUAGCAAAUUCUCCGACUACCAUGACCGCAACUCCCACUACCACCACAACUACUCCAUCUACCACGACCACAACUCCAACAACUACUGCUGCGACGACAACAACAACUCCAACUACCACAACCACAACUUCCACAACCACCACAACUACUCCAACUACAACUACCACAACUCCAACUAGUACAGCCACAACUCCCACUACCACAACAACAACUCCUACUACCACAACUCCCACAACAACUACUCCAACUACCACUACCACAACAACUCCUACUACCACUAUUCACACAACCACUCCCACCACAAAUACUCCAAUGACAACUACCACAACUCCAACUACUACAACCCCAACUCCUACUACCACAACAACUCCUACUACCACAACCCCUACAACCACUACCACCACAACUUCUCCAACUACAACUACCACAACUCCAACUAGUACAACCACAACUCCCACUACCACAACAACAACUCCUACUACCACAACUCCCACAACAACUACUCCAACUCCAACUCCCACUACCAAAACAACAACUCCUACUACAACAACCCCCACAACCACUACCACCACAUCUUCUCCAACUACCACUACCACAACUCCAACUAAAAUAAUUAGUGGUAAAGGUGCGUGUAACGGAGCGACCUCUGGGCUGUUUCCCAAUCCCUCAGACCCAGGUUCUUAUUACAACUGUGGCUAUGAUGGAGCGCACCUCCAAUACUGUCAACAGGGAUUGGUAUUCAAGAUAAACCUCCAGAGCUGCGACUAUCCCUAAAGAGUUGCAGGUUAUAUUUUAAUAUUUAUUCUAAUCAACCAAUGUAGUCACUAAUACAAAUUAGUAUAAGUACAAUUUGAUCAUUCAGGGGAGUUCAUUCAGUUGUUUGUUUUCAGCCUCCACAUAAUUUGAAAACACAAUUCAUAAUAUAUCAUUAACAUUAUAGUUGAAACUACAAACAAUAACCGAUUUAUUUCCAUAAUUCCCCCACCCCCCUCACCAAUCAAAUGUCCUCUGAUCCAUGUAUGUUUAAUAGACAUUAUUUAUUUGUAAAUAUUUACAUGUCAUGCAAACAACUGUAUGUUUGUUUUCAGUCUCCUUUCCUUAAUCAUUUAUCUAAAUUAAUUUGCUUCAUAAUAUGGUUGAUGCAUACAAGCUGUUGUGUAUCUAGCCCUUUUACAUGGAUAUGUUCUUUUGGGUCUUUAUUUAGCCCUUAACUGUUCGUAUUGUCUUAAAUGGUGACACAGUGGUGUAUAAAAUAAUUAUAUCUUGUGAGCUUAACUUUGUUAAUUUGAAUCAAUAUUACUAAAUAAAGAGUUCAAU